CCCCAUAGAGGAGCAGUAGACCGUGAAGGGAGGCGGGGCCGGGCGUGUGCCUGGGCCGGGCGGGGCGGCGGCGCCGGGCGGGGCGGCAGCGGGGCGCGCGCGGGGGCCCAGCGCCCUCAGGUACAUCUGCCGCACCUAACGGGCGACCCCCGAGUCCCGGCCCCUUUUUUGCCGCCCCGUAGCCCUCCCACCCGACCAGGCGGAGGAGGUGCGGACGCUCUGAUUGGCUCCGGAGGAAGCGGGAGGCGAGAACAAUGGCCCCCUCCCCCCGUUAAAAGGGAGCGGCUCCCGGGCCCGGGGACAGGGACGCGCGUGCAGGGCGCAGAGCCGGGCCGAACCGCCGCCGGCGCCACGCGAGUCCCGUAGCCGCCGCUCCCGGGCCAUGGGCCGGGGGCAUUGAGGGCCGCCCGGGCCGAGCGCGGAGGUGGGACCGAGUCAGUGCCUUGCCCUCGCGCUGCGCCAACAUGCCCCGCGGCUUCCUGGUGAAGCGCAGCAAGAAGUCCACGCCCGUGUCCUACCGGGUCCGCGGCGGCGAGGACGGCGACCGCGCGCUGCUGCUCUCGCCUGGCUGCGGGGGCGCCCGCGCGUCGCCCCCAGCGCAGAGCCCGGGGCCGGGACCGUUGCUGCCGCCCGCCGAGCGCGCCCAUGCGGCGCUCGCUGCCGCGCUCGCCUGCGCGCCGGGCCCGCCGCCGCCCCCGCCGGGCCCGCGGGCCGCGCACUUCGGCAACCCAGAGGCCGCGCACCCGGCGCCGCUCUACAGCCCCACGCGGCCCGUGAGCCGGGAGCACGAGAAGCACAAGUACUUCGAGCGCAGUUUCAACCUCGGGUCGCCGGUCUCGGCCGAAUCCUUCCCUACGCCCGCCGCUCUGCUCGGAGGCGGCGGCGGCGGUGCGAAUGGCACCGGCGGCGGCGGCGGCACCUGCGGCGGCGACCCACUGCUCUUCGCUCCCGCAGAGCUCAAGAUGGGCACGGCGUUCUCCGCGGGCGCUGAGGCGGCCCGCGGCCCAGGGCCCGGCCCCCCGCUACCCCCCGCCGCCUCCCUGCGGCCCCCGGGCAAGCGCCCUGCGCCCCCCGCCGCCGCCGAGCCGCCCGCCAAGGUAGCCAAGGCCCCGGGCACCAAGAAGCCCAAAGCCAUCCGUAAGCUGCACUUCGAGGACGAGGUGACCACGUCGCCUGUGCUGGGGCUCAAGAUCAAAGAGGGCCCGGUGGAGGCGCCUCGGGGCCGGGCGGGGGGCGCAGCGCGGCCGUUAGGCGAGUUCAUCUGCCAGCUUUGCAAGGAGGAGUACGCCGACCCGUUCGCGCUGGCGCAGCACAAGUGCUCGCGCAUCGUGCGCGUGGAGUACCGCUGCCCCGAGUGCGCCAAGGUGUUCAGCUGCCCCGCCAACCUGGCCUCGCACCGCCGCUGGCACAAACCGCGGCCUGCGCCCGCCGCCGCCCGCGCGUCGGAGCCUGAAACCGCUGCCAGGGCUGAGGCGCGGGAGGCGACAGGCGGCGGCAGCGACCGCGACACGCCGAGCCCCGGCGGCGUGUCCGAGUCGGGCUCCGAGGACGGGCUCUACGAGUGCCACCACUGCGCCAAGAAGUUCCGCCGCCAGGCCUAUCUGCGCAAGCACCUGCUGGCGCACCACCAGGCGUUGCAGGCCAAGGGCGCGCCGCCCGCGCCUCCGGCCGAGGACCUACUGGCCUUGUACCCUGGGCCCGACGAGAAGGCGCCCCAGGAGGCGGCCGGCGACGGCGAGGCGGCCGCAGUGCUGGGUCUGAGUGCGUCCUCCGAGUGCCACCUGUGCCCAGUGUGCGGGGAGACGUUCCCCAGCAAGGGCGCCCAGGAGCGCCACCUGCGCCUGCUGCACGCCGCCCAGGUGUUCCCCUGCAAGUACUGCCCGGCCACCUUCUACAGCUCGCCUGGUCUCACGCGGCACAUCAACAAGUGCCACCCGUCCGAGAACCGACAGGUGAUCCUCCUGCAGGUGCCCGUGCGUCCGGCCUGCUAGAGCGCGCCCUCCAUCGCGGCCCCCCCGAACUGUGCCUUCUCUUGGAGACCCACGAGGAGAGCGCGCCCUGCGCGCCCUGAACCCGCGUCCGCUCCGGGGGCGCCCACCCCCGGUGAAAGUGUUGUCUCCGCUUCUCUCGGUGUGGCGUGACGGUAACCCCAAUCCUCUCGUUGUGACUCCUUUCGGACCCCCCCCCCCCUUGCGUUGUGUCCCCUUCCCCUCCUUGGCGCAACAGGAGCCAAUCUCUUUCUCUACAAGAGAGAAAAGCUGUAAGCGUUUGUCUCGUGGUUGGAAGCUUCCCCUUGGAGGGGAGAGCUGUUUUUCUUGCUAGUAUUCGCUGUGUUCAUGGUCUAGAAAUGCGGUUUGCUCUCGCCUACCAAUCUCUGCUCUCUAUGUAUGUAGCGUACGGGUUGUUUUGGGUGAAUCUUGAGGAAUAAAUGCCUUUAUAUUUCACAGGCUAUAAAUUGAACUUCCCACACGAUUAGCUUUAUUAUGGCUUGUGAACUGCUGGAGUCUGGCUUUACCUUUUUGUAUGUGAACAAAUCAAAUUGCUUAAAAAAGAGUUUUCUUUAGUAUAGCCACAAAUGCCUUGAACUGUUGUCUGGGAUUGUUUUGGGGGAGGGAAGGGAAUUUUCAGAAAAUGCUGUAGAAACUGCCUCAAUACUUCACAUAAGACUCUUUGGUUUUAUCAUCUUUGUUGAGGUAGGACUAUAUAAGUUCUCUCUAAAUGUAUAUGUUGAUUUAUGAGUAAUUGUUAUUUAUUCUUUAUUUAUUUAUAUUAAUUAUGAAGAUUAUGCUAUUAUUUGAUUGCAGAUCUUUUUUUUUUUUUGGUACGCUUUUCCCCCUCCCUUGCCACUCUUGACAUUUCACUGUGCAUUUUAGAAGAGAGCCUUUUUCUAAAGGGAUCUGUUAAAAGUUUUAACUUUUAUACCUAUCUGAGCGAAUUACAACCUACCAUUUUAUUCUGCUUGGAGGGCCCGUGAGGCCCCUGUACAACCAACAGCUCUUACUUUUAAAUGCAAUCUCUUUUCUACAUACAUUAUUUUCUUAAUUGUUAGCUAUUUAUAGAAAGCUUCAAUAGAACUGUUUCAACUGUAUAACUAUUUACUAUUCAAAUAAAAAUAUUUUCAAAGUCAAA